AUGGAUUCUAGUCAGUUCAAGCCUUCGGAUAUGGAUGCUAGACAUGUUAAGCCGCCGGAUAUAUUGAGUUCCUCGUUAAACCCUAAUAUGGGUUUUGCCGGGGUCAAUGAAAACACUAAUACAACUCCUAGUUCAACGCCAGGUACUGCUCCGAUCCGUGGUAUUGGGUUACGGGUAACAAACAUUGAAGGUAAUACAUUGAUGCCUAGGAGGGGGUUAUAUUCCACGAAUAAUCAAUCAGUUCUUGACGGGCUGGAGGCCAUAUCUAUACCUGUGGAUAACCUAUUUGCGGCUGGUGGUUCGUCGUCAAUGGCUAACAUGGGUAAACCUGAUAGUGUGCAUGAUGACUGUUACUGGGAUACUUAUAAGGCGGAAGAAUCAGUAUCGUAUGCUGAAAAAGUUCAGUCUACGCGGAUGAAAAGAGAGGUUAACUUCAGACUUAUGAAGCCCACGGAAUCUAGAGAUGAUGCGGAUGUUGUUAUACCGAGGGAGGUGGUGCAGAAGGUUCAAAACAAAUUUGAUAAUGUGCUCUAUGGGUACUUUCUAGGGAAUCGCUUGCCGUUUCCGGUGGUCGAGUAUUAUGCGAAGAAUGUUUGGGCUAAGUUUGGGUUUUCGAAGCUCAUGAUGAACACGUCGGGUUUCUUUUUCUUUAAGUUUGAUUCAAAGGAGGGAUUGACAAAGGUUUUAGAAGGAGGACCAUGGUUAAUACGUAAAGUUCCAUUAUUUCUGAAUGUAUGGUCUCCGAAGGUUACUCUCAAGAAGGAUAGCAUCAAAACAGUUCCAGUAUGGGUUAAGUUGCACAAUGUGCCGAUUGCGGUCUACACUGAUGAUGGAUUGAGCUUGCUGGCAUCAAAGUUAGGGACCCCUAAAAGGUUAGAUUCUUAUACAGCCGAUAUGUGCGUUGACAAUUGGGGAAGGAGUAGUUAUGCUCGGGCAAUGAUUGAGAUAAAUGCUGAUAAUGAGUUAAAAGAUUAUAUUACUGUGGCUAUCCCGAAAAUGGAUGAGGAGGGUUUUGUUUUGGAACGGGUUAAAGUUGAAUAUGAGUGGAAGCCGCUCCGCUGUAGUUCAUGUUGUUUGUUUGGCCACGAUGAUAACACAUGUCACAAGAAACCUAAAGGUAAGGCUAAGGUGGUAACGGUUGAUGAGGAGGGUUUUGUCACUGAUAACAGAAGGAUGGCGAGGUACUCGUUUCCUCAAAAGAAGCAGAAACCAAGGGUUGUGUAUAAGCCAAAGACUAAUAAAAACCAUGCAAGUACGUCUGGGACGAAGGGGGAUACAUCGGAUGUGCCGUUGUCGAACGCUUUUGAGGUGCUUGAUAACAGCAAGAAUGAUGAGAAAAGGGACCCGACAAGUGCCAAAUCAAUGGUUGAUGAAACUCAUGGGACUCGUAUACAACAACCUGAUGAAGUUAUCGAGGUGAUCCCGACAGAGAUGGCUGAUUUUAUGAGAGAUAAGAUUUGCAAGAAGGUAUUCAGGAAUUGGAGCUGGACUUCAAAUGGCGGAGUCUGUGAUAGGGGUACGAGAGUUAUAUUGGGAUGGAAUGCUGAUGAUAUUGAUCUUAUGGUUGUCUCUCAGUCUGAUCAGGAUAGGAGGAGCCUGUGGACUGAUCUAUGCAAUUUUAGGGGCAUUACUAAUGAUGUUCCUUGGGUAGUCAUGGGGGAUUUUAACGCUGCUUUGAACAUGGAGGAUUUUCUUACAGGUCCAUCUUCUCACACGAUUGCGAUGAGAGAUUUUUAUGAUUGUGUGAAAAAUACUGAGCUUAUAGAUGUGAAGAGUCAUGGGCUUCAUUUUACAUGGAGUCAAAGACCAAAGGAUGGGGUGGGAACUCUUAAGAAAAUUGACCGGAUUAUGGGUAAUGUCAAACUUUUAGAUGUUUUUCCGGAUGCGUAUGCUAUGUUCCAGCCAUUCCGUGUUUCGGAUCAUGCUCCUGGCAUUUUGAGGUUAGCUUCGAUGGAUACGGGUAGGCCAAAACCUUUUAAGUUUCCAAAUUUUAUUACGUCGAAGCCUGAGUUUGGCCAAGCAGUUACCGCUGAAUGGUCUAAAAAUGUGGAGGGGGUUGCCAUGUAUUCUGUUGUUCAAAAAAUGAAGAGUUUGAAACCUCACUUUAGGAGGAUCCUUCGCAACCAGGGCAAUUUACACAAGAGAGUUACCGAGCUGCGGAACCAACUGGAUCAGAUUCAAAAGCAAGUUGAUGCGAGUCCUUUUGAUACGGCUUUGCGGUCUUCAGAAGCGAUUUGUCUUCAAGAGUACAAGAUUGCAGCUUAUGACGAGGAGUGUUUUCUAAAACAAAAGGCUAAAGUUCAGUGGCUUUGUGCGGGUGAUUCAAACACCUCUUACUUUCAUAAUUAUGUGAAAGGCAGGAAUGCUCGGAGUAAAAUUCAUUGCAUCAAAGACACGAAGGGGAACCUGUUUGAAGGUGAUGAUGUGCCUACGGCUCUUCUUGCUCAUUACUCGGUUUUCAUGGGCACGGAAGAUCAUGUUGAUAAGGUGGAUGAUACAGAUAUGUUUGUUAAUGUCUUGCAACCCAAUGUGGCAGAAAAUAUGGUUAGACAGAUUACUGAAGAUGAAGUCAAACGGGCGAUGUUUAGUAUAGGUGAAAAUAAGGCGCCGGGUCCGGAUGGAUAUACGUCAGCUUUCUUUAAGAAGUCUUGGGAUGUUGUGGGUGGCGAGGUGACUAAGGCAGUGCUUGAUUUCUUUAGUAAUGGGCAAAUUCUUAAACAAAUCAAUCAUACGAUUCUUGCAUUGGUUCCGAAGGUUGAAACGCCAAAUACGGUGCUUGAUUACCGUCCGAUAUCGUGCUGUAAUGUGUUAUAUAAGUGUAUUAGUAAAAUAAUCACUGAUCGGAUUAAAAGGGGCUUGGGAUAUUUAGUGAAUAUAAACCAAUCUGCGUUUGUUCCUGGUAGGAAGAUAUCCGAUAAUAUUCUUCUUACUCAGGAACUCAUGCAUAAUUACCAUGUAGAUCGAGGCCCUCCUAGAUGUGCUUUGAAGAUUGAUAUUCAGAAAGCGUAUGAUACUAUUAGUUGGUCGUUUUUGGAGGAGAUCCUAAUCAGGUUUGGUUUCCAUCAGAAAAUGAUUUCUUGGAUUAUGGCUUGUGUCACAACAGUCUCGUAUUCGGUUAGCAUUAAUGGCGAGUUACAUGGCUAUUUUAGAGGGAAGCGGGGGCUUAGACAAGGAGAUCCAAUGUCUCCAUACUUAUUUACAUUAGUGAUGGAGGUUUUAUCUCUUAUGUUGCAGAAGAUGGCUCUAAAUAAUACAUUCAGGUUUCAUUUGCACUGCUCUAAACAAAAGAUAAUCAAUGUUUCGUUUGCGGAUGAUCUGUUCGUUUUCGUAAAUGGGGACAUGGGGUCGGUUCAGCUUAUUCAAAGUGUCUUGGGUAAAUUCACUAGCGUCUCCGGUCUCGUGCCUAGUCUGCCGAAGAGUACAAUAUUCUUUUGUAAUGUUCCAAGCGAUGUCAAAUCUAACAUUCUGAGUUUGUUGCCGUUUCGUGAGGGCUCUCUGCCGGUCCGUUAUCUUGGAGUUCCCCUAAUUUCCACCAAACUCUCAUUUAGAGACUGCAGAAUCCUGGUGGAACGUAUGGAGAGGAAGGUUGAUAAUUGGUUGACUAAAUCUUUAUCUUUUGCAGGUCGGUUGCAGCUUAUUAACUCUGUCCUAUCGGCAAUGUAUACAUAUUGGGCGUCGGUGUUCAUCUUGCCUAUGCGUAUUGUGAAGGAUCUAGAAAAGAGAAUGAGAAGGUUUCUAUGGAAUGCGAGUUCUUCGAGGAGUACUCGGUCUAAAGUCCCAUGGAAAGAUGUUUGCAAACCAAAGGAGGAGGGAGGCCUUGGUAUCCGUAGUAUAUCGGAGGUUAACAAAGCCCUUAUCACGUCGCAUAUUUGGAGUAUCAUCACCAAUAGAGAAUCUCUAUGGGUCCAAUGGAUUCAUGCUUACAGGUUAAAAGGUCGGAACUUUUGGGAGAUUCCAGCAUGGGGGAAUCUGACUUGGAGUUGGCGGAAGAUAUUAGCCAUUCGAAGUUUAGUUCGUCCGUUUGUUUGGAAGUCUAUUGGUAACGGUAACGGGACUAAUGUGUGGAGUGACAAUUGGUGUUCAUGCAGUCCCAUUCGACAUUUCAUCACUCCAAGGAUGAUAGCUCGAGAAGGUUUUACUUUGACAAAUACAGUGGCUGACAUCAUUGAUAGUAAUGGUGACUGGCGAUGGCCACAGGCGUGGUUGGAUCUCUUUCCGGUUCUAAUAAAUGUGGCACGGCCUGUCAUCGAUCAAGAUAUGGAGGACAGGUUUGGAUGGAAAAGUUUUGAUGGGAAAAUAGGUCACUUUACUUCUUGGGAGGCAUGGAAUAAUUUGCGGGUUAGGGAGAACAAGGUGGCAUGGGUAAAUAUGGUGUGGUAUGGCCAAUGUAUUCCAAGACAUUCGUUCCAUCUUUGGUUGGUGAUAACAAACAAGCUGAAAACUCAAGAUAGAUUGGCGGUGUGGGAAGCGGGGAGCGAGACGAACCUAAUACUUAUGUGUUGUCCUUUAUGUAAGUAUGGUCGAGACUCAAGAGAUCAUCUAUUCUUUCAAUGCUGUUUUUCGGCUAAGGUUUGGAACAUUGUCAACAAAAGGGUUGAUAUGGGGAUGGUUAAUGAUACGUGGAGUUCGGUAAUGGCUUGGGUUGAUCAGCAUGCGAACUCAAAGAAGCUGGAGCAUAUUGUGUGCAAGCUUGUUGUAGCGGCUUCUACAUACGUAAUAUGGCAAGAACGUAACAACCGACUGUUUUCAAACCUGCAACGGAGUGAAAAUACGGUAGCACAGCUGAUUCUUGAUAUAGUGCGGCUUCGGAUUAUGGGGUUCAAGGUUAGCGGUGAUGUUAACCAUCGGAAGCUAUUGGAAAGAUGGAAGAUCAAGGAGGAUGACCCAGGUUAA